AAUUAGUUAGAUGGAAAGGCGAUAAACGAGGACAGCCCAGACAUUGAAACCUGCUCACUGUUUUUGCCUGAUGUGUAUCUCAGAAGGACAGUGGUGAUUAUUAAACGCUCAAUCCUCCUGAAAUUGAGGAUUCUGAUUCACCUGUUGCUGAAACACUCCAGGAAUAAUGCUUUAUGCAGCGGUUCUCGUCACGUUUCUGGCAUGUCUGGUGUCUUCAGAUGUUGAACACCGACUGGGUUACUGUGCCUUCUAUGAUGAGUGUGGUCGUAACCCAACUGUGGGAGGAAGCCUCAUUCCUCCCAUUGUCCCAUGUCUCAAUUACAGCAAAGCCCGGCACCUUACAGGAGAACACUACAAAAAGCUUAAAGAGGUGUGCCCCAUGUUGGACCAGGGAGAAGGCAAAACAUAUGCCUGCUGCAACAUACAACAGCUCAGUUCUUUGGAAAGGAGUCUGACCCUGUCCAAAGCUGUGCUGGUCCGCUGUCCAUCCUGUGCGGAGAACUUUGCCCACCUGCACUGUGUCACCACCUGCAGCCCCAACCAGACACAGGUGGUAAAUGUCACAACGGUCACCAACGUAACUUACUUGAAUAGGUCAAGGGAUGCAGUGGUGGCCUACCAGGCGUAUAUCAGUAGCUCUUUUGCGGAAGGCGCCUUCCAGUCUUGCAAGAACGUCAGGAUUCCAGCCACAGGAGGCUUUGCCAUUGCCACCAUGUGUGGUCGGUAUGGAUCCAAGCUGUGCACAGCCCAGCGUUGGUACGAUUUCCAGGGCGACACCAGUAACGGCCUAGCCCCACUGGACAUUGACUUUCGGCUGCUGAAGGAGAAUGACACUACAGGACUACCAGAGGGGAUUGUUCCUUACAAUGGCCGUGCUUUAGGGUGUAAUGAGAUGACGACAACAGGUGGGGAGGCGUGCUCCUGCCAAGACUGCCUAGAUUCCUGCCCGCCCAUGCCACCUCCACCUCCGCUCCCUGAGCCCUUCAGAUUGCUGGGAGCAGAUGGAUUUUUUGUGAUUUCUAUGAUCUCACUCUGUCUCCUAAUAUGUGCCUUUGUGCUUUACCUCUUCGUGUAUUACUUUAUGAAAUCUCAAAAUGGAAGAGAUAAGGAGAAAACAAGAAGAAAAGGGAAAAGCAAAGACGAGAACAGUAAUGAAGUGGGUCAGCCCGUUAUUAACCCAUCUGAGGUGUCAUGUGCAGAUGAAACCAGCUUGGCAGCUCAAGCUUUCAUGAGUAAACAGUUUCAGCGUUGGGGAACCCUCAUGGCUUCUUAUCCCCUCACAGUUCUCUUGGUGGCGGCCAUUAUUGUGGUGGUUUUCUCUGUUGGCCUCAAGUCCAUCAAGCUCACCACUGAUCCGGUUGAGCUGUGGUCCGCUCCUAACAGCAGGGCCCGGCAGGAGAAGGACUUCCAUGACAGACACUUCACUCCCUUCUUCAGGACUAACCAGCUGAUCCUGACAGCACCAGGAAGAAAAGGCCACAUUUAUGACUCUUUGCUGUUCGGGAAGCAGAACUUCAGCGGGCUUGUGUCCAAAGAUCUUAUCAUUGAGCUGCUAAAUCUCCAGAGAAAAAUACAGGAUAUUGAGUUCUGGUCAGAGGAUUUGAACCGCAGAGCAACCCUAAAGGAUGUAUGUUAUGCACCGCUAAACCCAUCCAACGCCUCCCUGACUGACUGUGCGGUAAACAGCUUGCCACAGUACUUCCAGAACAGCCUAGACAACAUUAAUGCUAAAGUAAAUAUGACUGAGCUGGGAGUAACCAAGGAGGUAGACUGGAGAGACCAUCUUAUCUACUGCCUCAACUCUCCACUGUCCUUCAAAGACAUCACUGAUUUAGGAAUGAGCUGCAUGGCCGACUAUGGAGCUCCAGUAUUCCCAUUUCUAGCAGUGGGAGGCUACAAGAAUGACGAAUUAACCAACUCCGAAGCCUUCAUCAUGACCUUCUCCCUCAACAACUACAUUCGGAACGACCCCAAGUUCAAAGUAGCUCUGCAGUGGGAGACAGAGUUUCUCAAAAUUGUCCAGGACUACCAAAGUGACCCAGCUGCCAACUUCACCUUUGCCUACAUGGCUGAGAGAUCUCUGGAGGAUGAAAUCAAUCGGACAACAGCAGAAGAUAUCCCCAUCUUCAUGAUCAGCUACGCAGUGAUCUUUGUUUAUAUUGCAGUGGCACUGGGAGAGUACUCUUCAUGCAAACGCUUACUGGUGGACUCCAAGUUUUUAGUGGGUUUGGGAGGAAUCCUGGUGGUGGGCUGUUCGGUCCUGGCCUCCAUGGGUUUCUACUCGUGGAUUGGGAUCCCGUCUUCGCUGGUCAUCCUGCAGGUCGUGCCUUUCCUGGUGCUCGCUGUUGGAGCUGACAACAUCUUCAUCUUUGUUCUAGAGUACCAGAGGGAUGUAAGGAGGAAUGAAGAGACCCGGCAGCAGCAAAUUGGCCGUGUGCUUGGACAGGUUGCUCCCAGCAUGCUCCUGUGCAGUCUCUCAGAAUCUGUCUGUUUCUUUUUAGGUGCCUUGUCCACCAUGCCAGCCGUGAAGUCUUUUGCCCUUUAUGCUGCUCUGGCCGUGUUAAUGGACUUUGUCCUCCAAAUCACAGCAUUCGUAGCACUGUUGUCCCUAGAUGCUCGGCGUCAAGACAACAACCGCUGUGAACUACUUUGUUGCGUUACUGUGUCGACACAUCGUCCCAAGAAGCCAAGUGAGGGCUUUUUGCUGCCUUUCAUGAGGAAGUACUAUGCCCCCGUCCUGCUAAACCAUUUCACCAGGAUCAUAGUGAUGCUGGUUUUCAUCUUCAUGCUGUGUGCUUCAAUAUUCCUGAUGUUGCAUGUGAAAGUGGGACUGGAUCAGGAGCUGGCAAUGCCAAAGGGGUCUUACAUGCUGGACUAUUUCCAGUACCUCAACAAAUACUUUGAAGUUGGCGUUCCUGUUUAUUUUGUAACAAAGAAGGGAUUCAACUUUAGCACAGUGGAGGGCAUGAACAGCGUCUGUUCCAGUGUGGGCUGCAAUCAGUUCUCGAUGACUCAGAAGAUCCGGUAUGCCACAGACUACCCUGAACGAUCCUACGUGGCUAUUCCUGCUAACUCAUGGGUGGAUGAUUUUAUUGACUGGUUAAACCCUGGAUCCAAAUGCUGUCGCCUCUACACCUCUGGUGAUAAAAAUGGAACUUUCUGUCCUGCAAACAUAUCUGCUUUACUCUGUAGAAAGAAAUGCAUGCCGAUUCCUUCAGAUGGUGUUGUCAGGCCCUCCAUGGAACAGUUCAACCGCUUCCUCCCUGAUUUUCUGGGUAACAGGCCUGACCUGCAGUGCUCCAAAGGUGGUCUUGGAGCCUAUGACACGGCAGUGGUGAGAGAUGAAGAUGGAGAAAUAAUAGCCACCCGGUUCAUGGCGUAUCACAUUCCGCUGACCAACUCUCAGGAGUUCACAGCCGCCCUGCAAAAAGCCAGAGAGCUGGCCCACGAUAUCACAGAGGACAUGAGGAAGAUUCCAGGCACCUCACCUGACUUUGAAGUAUUUCCUUACACGAUAACCUAUGUGUUUUAUGAACAGUAUCUGACUAUUGUGAAAGAAGGGCUCUUUAACAUCUGCCUUUGCCUGCUGCCGACCUUUGUGGUGUGCUGCUUGCUGCUGGGUAUGGAUCUGCUCUCGGGCCUGCUCAACCUGCUCACCAUUAUCAUGAUCGUCGUGGACACUGUUGGGGUCAUGACAUUGUGGAGCAUAGAUUUCAACGCAGUGGCCCUGAUCAAUCUGGUUACGGCAGUGGGUAUCUCUGUGGAGUUUGUGUCCCAUAUGACGAGAUCCUUUGCGCUCAGCACUAAGAUGACACGUAUUGAAAGAGCAAAAGAGGCUACAGCCAGCAUGGGCAGCGCAGUGUUUGCCGGUGUUGCCAUGACCAACUUGCCAGGCAUCCUCGUUUUGGCGUUUGCCAAAGCACAGCUCAUCCAGAUUUUCUUUUUCCGCUUGAACCUUGUCAUCACUCUUCUGGGGAUGGCCCACGGACUUGUGUUCCUCCCUGUGCUACUCAGUUACUUUGGUCCUGGUGUAAAUAAAGCAGUGCUGCUGCGGCAGCAACAGACGGCCAAACAAGAACAGGAGACGAGGAAUAAAAUGAGAGAAGUGUAUGAUAACAUCACCUUAACAGAGUAUGAAAUAUAACAGGAAUCUGAUUCAAACUCCAUAAAAGCUUCAUCUGACGUCCAGGAACCCUCACAAAUAGAUGACAAAAAGUAUAAAAAAAGACAAGCAACAGACAUAAGAAUGCUUUUCUCCAAACUCCUGCGUAAUAUAUGGAGCAAAUGUGGACCUAGAGAAGGACACAAAGCACCCAUUAAGUCACGUAUGUAGCUUCAUAUGAAAAUCAUUAACCCAACUUUGUACCUCGUUCAGAAAUGGACCUCUGGGAAGAAUGACAACAUAAAGUAGUGCAAUAUUUGUACCAAUUAUGCAAAAGAAGACUACUGCAACACAAUGCUUUGUGUGAUUUAAGUAGAUUUUUUUUGUACUGGAUGUGGUUGGUAACCCACCUUUUGCCUGUUGAGUGCUGUAGAGAGCCACCAGCAUUACCUGGGUGUAGAAUGGAUGGAUGAAUAAAUAAAUGGUACAAUGGGUGCAAUUUAGUGCACAAUUUACCCAGAAGCCUGGCUUAGAGCUUUAACAGAGCACACUCCAGCUUUUAUUUGUCUUUUUCAUUGUGUAUUAUGCAUGAAAUGUGCAAUCAGCAAAGAAUGUUUAUUAAAUAUAGAAAUGUCUUUUUUUUCAAUGAAUGAGAAUUUUUUUUAUUCUUAUUUUAAAAAAUUAUUAUUGUACUUAAAAAAUUGGUAGGUAAUUAAAAGUUACCAAUAUCAUGUGGAAAUGUUUAUUUGGUUCUAACAUGUUUUUAAUUUAUUAUUUUUACUUUUUUUAUUUACUUACUCACUGAAAAAGCUGCAAUUGUGUGCCUCUACAGCACAAGUCUUUAUCAUGCAUUAAAACAAAAUGCCAGUUUGUGCAUUUACAAAAGUACUGAGAGGAUUUAUCCAAGAUUGUUUGUUUUCCCAUUGCAAUAAAGUUAGAAAGAGAAUAUCCUUGUACAUUUAGUGAAGUUGUUAAAAAAGGCUUAAAUAAAAUGAAAAUAGACAUAUUGUUCUGCUAAAAA